AAAUAGUCUUCCGAGAGCGUGACAAAGAUGGCCGACAGUGGACUGACUUGCUUCAAGAUUCUGCUUCAGCUCAAAUCGGUACUUCUGCGCGUGCUCACUGCACAGCUACAAACAAUCCUCUUCAAGUAAUGGUAUCAGUCUGUCCAGCUAGAUAACAGCCCGAAUACACCACCUGGCAGGAAACAAACCAGUGAUUGCGGUUGUCAUUCAGAAACAUAACAGAUCUGCUUUUGGUGUUGAGCUGUGCCACUAUGUUAGUGCCGAUCUUCACCCUUAAACUGAACCAUAAGAUUAACCCUCGAAUGGUUGCUGUUGGAAAAUAUGAUGGGAUUCACCCAUGCCUCACUGCAGCCACACAAGCAGGGAAGGUAUUUAUCCACAACCCUCACGUUCGAGGUCAGAGACCAGUGGCCCACCGGCUGAGUCAAAGUACCCAGGACUCUGAUAUCUCACUCCUAAAUAUCAACCAGGCAGUCAGCUGCCUAACGGCUGGUUCUCUUGGACCCAACACCACAGGACACACACUGCUUGUAGGCUCUCAAACCAACCUGCUGGCCUAUGAUGUGCAUGACAACGCUGAUAUCUUCUACAAGGAGGUGUCCGACGGGGCCAAUGCCAUUGUCCUUGGAAAACUAGGAGAUAACCAGUCCCCCCUUGCCAUCAUUGGAGGCAACUGCGCUCUGCAAGGCUUUGACUAUGAGGGAAAUGACCAGUUCUGGACGGUCACGGGAGAUAAUGUACGAUCACUUGUGCUGUGCGACUUCACUGGAGAUGGCAAAAAUGAGCUUCUUGUCGGGUCAGAGGACUUUGACAUCAGAGUGUUCAGAGAAGAUGAGCUGGUGACUGAGAUGGCUGAAAAUGAAACAGUCACGUCGCUUUGUCACAUGCAUGGCAGCAGAUUUGGUUAUGCACUGGCCAAUGGAACAGUAGGAGUAUAUGACCGCACUGCCCGCUACUGGAGGAUCAAGUCUAAAAACCACGCCAUGAGCAUCCAUGCCUUUGAUCUUAAUGCUGAUGGUGUUGUUGAGCUAAUAACUGGGUGGUCCAAUGGAAAGAUUGAUGCACGCAGUGAUCGCACAGGUGAGGUGAUCUUCAAGGAUAACUUCUCCUCCUCUGUAGCUGGCAUUGUUGAGGGAGACUAUCGCAUGGAUGGACAGAUCCAGCUAAUUUGCACUUCUGUGGAGGGAGAAGUGCGUGGCUACCUGCCUGCCAGUAAGGAAAUGAAGGGAAACCUGAUGGACGCAAGUGUAGAGCAAGACCUGAUCAGGGAGCUGAGCCAAAGAAAACAAAACCUUUUGCUGGAGUUACGAAACUAUGAGGAAAAUGGCAAGGCUGCUACUGGUAUCUCUGAGGGGGAGGCUAAGAUGGGUGUAAUUCCAGCCAACACACAGCUCCAGACGGCCUUGUCUGUACAAAGAGCCACAGAGAGCAAGAGAGCACAUAUAGAGCUCAGCAUCUCCACCCCAAAUGAAACUAUCAUUAGAGCUGUGCUGAUAUUUGCUGAAGGAAUUUUUGAAGGCGAGAGUCAUGUGGUUCACCCUAGCACUCAGAACCUCUCGGGGUGUGUCCGUGUCCCCAUCAUUGCUCCAAAAGACAUUCCAGUGGACCUUCACAUCAAAGCCUUUGUGGGAGGGAAGACAAGUACACAGUUUCAUGUGUUCGAGAUCACACGUCAGCUUCCUCGCUUCUCCAUGUAUGACAUUAAUGUUGACCCCUCGGCCACUCAGCCUACAGGAAGAGUCACAUUCAGCAUCAAUGAUAGGCCUCAGAGGGUGGUCAUGUGGCUAAACCAAAACUUUCUGCUGCCCGAGGGCAUUGAUAGUCCAGACAUCACCUUCACUGCACUACGUGGUGGUCUCCUAAGGAUCAACAUGCAACCCAGUGGAGAGAUCACGCUGAACACAGAUGACAUUGAUCUAGCUGGAGAUCUGGUCCAGUCACUUGCCUCUUUUCUGGCCAUAGAAGAUUUACAAGCAGAAGCAGAUUUUCCUGCCUACUUCAAAGAGCUGCGAGCUACUCUCACUGAGGUGGAUGAGUUUCACUCUGUGCAUCAAAAGCUUACAGCAGCAAUGGCAGAUCAUUCCAACUACAUAAGAAACAUGCUUGUGCAGGCAGAAGAUGCCAGACUCAUGGGUGAUUGGAGAACUAUGAAGAAGCGUUACAUUGAGCUGUACGACCUCAACAGAGAUUUGAUUAACGAAUAUAAAAUCCGGUCCAAUAAUCACAACGCCCUGCUUGCACGCCUAAAAUCAGUUAACCAGGCCAUCCAAAGAGCAGGGAGAUUGAGAGUGGGCAAGCCAAAAAAUCAGGUCAUCACUGCCUGUCGGGAUUCCAUCAAGAACAACAACAUAAAUGCUCUUUUCAAGAUCAUGAGAGCAGGGACUGCAUCAUCCUGAGGAAGCUAUGUUCUGGGCCUAAAUAUCCUUCAAGCAGGGAAGUCUGCAAGAUCAGAUCACACCAUGCUCCUGAGGGAGACUCCAAAAACAGCCAGAGAGUCCAGCAGUCUGUUGGGUAAUGGUAAAGCCUGCAUGAGGGGAUUUGUUUUUAAUCCAUACCUCAUAUUGGCAGCCAUUUUAUUUAGAGGAAUAACUAAGUGGGUCUCUUGACAAUGUGAUAGCCAAAGAGACUGUAUUUUGUCUACCAAGGAAAUGUGUGUAAAUUGACUGAUAUCAACUGUAUAUGAG